AUGCGUCGUGUACCGCCUCUGCAACUCCGGCGAGUCCUGCUCCGCCACCUCACAACCUCUUCACCUCCACCGCUCCAAACCCACAUCCCAAUCCCCUCAACCAAACCCACCCAUUUCCACUACUCCCAACCCACCAUAACCACCGCACCAACCCUUCACUUCCUCAAUUCCUUCUCCUCCUUCUCGACCCGACCCGCGCAUCCAAACCCGGCCCAACUAGCCCACUCUCUCUCCACCGAACUCCUCCGCGACCCCACCUCCGACGCCCCCUCCGUCGCCCGCCGCCUCCAGUCAACCUUCCCCCGCUUCACUCCGACCCCAACUCUAAUCCAAUCCGUGCUCAGCCUCUCCGCCGACGCCGACCGCCGCGCGAUUCUAGGGUUCCUCACCUGGCUCAUCUCCCGCGAUAAUCUCGACCACGGCGACGAGAUCCUCUCCUUGUUCGUCGACCAUUUCGGGGAGAGGAGGGACUUCAAGGCGGCGCAUGACGCGAUUCUCACCGGCCGGAAACUCGCCGGGCCCAAAACAGCCUCGUCGAAUUUCGCCGGGAUGAUCAGAGCAGGCAGGAUUCCGCAGGCGGUUGCGUUCUUUGAUAAAAUGGAGAAGGAGUAUGGGAUCCGAUUGGAGCGAGAAACUGUCAAAUUGGCGGCGGAGAAGGUUUGCGAGAAUGCCUUUGCGGCCGAGAGAAUGGUGAAGCGUUUAGCGAAUGAGGUGCCGAGAAAUGUGGAGACUUGGAAUGUGGUGAUUAGGUGUUUGUGUAAGAUUAGGAAGACGCAGGAUGCGUUGCGCCUGUUUCAUAGGAUGUGUGGUGAGAAGGGGCUUGCCACGCCGAAUGAGAGUACUUAUGUUGUGUUGAUAAGGGGAUUGUAUAAGGGGGGUAGGAUUGAGGAGGGAGAUGCAAUGUUGGAGAGGAUGAAGAAAGCCGGGUUGAAGGUGGAUAACAAGGUGUAUUACCGGGUUUUGAAGACAUUGUGUAGUGUGGGGAAGUUUGAUCAUGCAGUGAGUAUGGUGAACAAGAUGAAGGAGGAUGGGUGUGAGCCUGGGGUCAAGGUUUAUUUGCUGAUGAUGGACAAAUUGGGAGGUGAUUACCGGGUUGAUAAAGCGGUUAAAGACAGUAAGCCGGGGCAGUUGAAGCUGCGGCCAAGGCUGCACAAGCUGCAUGAGCCUUUUAAGAGGAGGGAGAAGCCUGUGAAGGUGAAGGAAACGAUCAGUGAGAAGGUGCAAAGGAAGAGGAGACGUAUUAAGCAAGUAAGGUUGCUGUUUGUGAAGAAGCCGAUUAGAGGGCUGCAUCGACCCUUCUGA